GCGUGAUCGUCAGUGCUACAUACUGCGCCUGCGCACGAGCCGAGGCCUUUUCCCGCAGCCGAGUGUUGCUGGGCCUGCUGGUCUGUGGCGAGCCGCGGACGCCGGUCUCUGGUCCGCAGGAUGGGGUUUGUGAAGGUUGUCAAGAAUAAGGCUUACUUCAAGAGAUACCAAGUGAAAUUUAGAAGACGUCGAGAGGGUAAAACUGAUUAUUAUGCCAGGAAACGCUUGGUAAUUCAAGAUAAAAAUAAGUACAACACACCUAAAUACAGGAUGAUAGUUCGUGUAACCAACAGAGAUAUCAUCUGUCAGAUUGCUUAUGCCCGCAUAGAAGGAGAUAUGAUAGUUUGUGCAGCUUAUGCUCAUGAACUCCCAAAGUAUGGUGUGAAAGUUGGCCUGACAAAUUACGCUGCAGCAUAUUGUACCGGCCUGCUGCUGGCCCGCAGGCUCCUUAAUAGGUUUGGCAUGGACAAGAUCUAUGAAGGCCAAGUGGAAGUGACUGGAGAUGAAUACAAUGUGGAAAGCAUUGAUGGUCAACCUGGUGCCUUCACCUGCUAUUUGGAUGCAGGGCUUGCCAGAACUACUACUGGAAAUAAAGUUUUUGGGGCCCUCAAGGGAGCAGUGGAUGGAGGCUUGUCUAUCCCUCACAGUACCAAACGAUUCCCUGGUUAUGAUUCAGAAAGCAAGGAAUUCAAUGCCGAAGUACAUCGAAAGCACAUCAUGGGUCAGAAUGUUGCAGAUUAUAUGCGUUACCUAAUGGAAGAAGACGAAGAUGCAUACAAGAAACAAUUCUCUCAAUACAUAAAGAACAACGUAACUCCAGACAUGCUGGACCACUCUUAGGCUGAUGUACUUUUCCUGGCUAGCUCAUCAGUUUGAUCUUUGGAGGCCUCUUAUGCAUGCCUGCUAAACUCCUCUGCUGACAUCUGACAUGUCUCCAAGAGGAAAGUGGUCUUCACUUAAAACUCAGUGCUAUUAUCUACAUACAUGGUUGUGAAUCCUGUUUGUCUCUUAGGAAGGAAUGGACCGAGUUGCUUAGAUUUAUUAAAUGACUACAUUUGACAUCAUCAAAUGGACUCGUUAAAUACAGUGGAAAGCCAUAAUAGAGUGCAGAGGUAGAG